GGCGCCUCCUCCCAGCGCCGCUCUUGCUUGUCUCAGUGCCGUCUCCUCGGGUGAGGGAUGGCGGUGCUGCUGAGCCGCUGGGCCUCCCUCUCCUCACGGAGAACGGUUGGAGUGUACCAGGUUGUAGUGCCCUCCAGUUGCCAGAAUCACAGUGACUCCUCUAAGUCGGCACAGGAUCCCUGGACAAAGCGGUGGCUGCUGAAACUUUAUGAACGUUUUUAUGACAUUGAAAAUCUUUUUAACUGGAGCAUUAACUUUCAAAAUUGGAAUCUGCGGAGGAAAAACAUAUACUAUGGAUAUACCAAGAAAAUGUAUGGUGAUUAUGCUGCAGCAGCUCACUACAUCCUGCAGCAGCGAGGAGCUGUGCGGUUUGUGGGCCAUGACGACUGGAUCCGCGCAAACCGAAGGGGCAAGUACAACUGGGAUUUCUUGAAUUUCAAAGAUGUUCCCCUCGAGGCGGUCGAUGCCAGUGGCUCGUUGCUAACCUACGACGGGAUGGAGAAUUUAGUGUGUCUGAAGGAACUGAAGUAUUUGAAUCUGAGCAGCUGCCCUCACAUUGAUGACUGGUGUCUCAGCCGCCUGUACGUGUUUGGAGAUUCCCUCGAAGAGUUGGGACUCUCCGGUUGUCCUCGAGUCACCGAGCGAGGCCUGGCCUCACUGCACCAUCUGAAGAACUUAAAGCGGCUGGAUCUAUCAGACCUUCCUGCUGUGAAAAACCAAGGGCUGAUGAGAAUCCUGUUGGAGGAGAGUCUGCCGCAGUGCACGAUUGUGGGGAUUCAGUACGAGGAUGGGUUAUUACAGCAGCCCACGCUGCAAUCAGACCCUGAACUGAGAAGCUGCUCUGCCAAUCCAAACCAGUGAUUAGCUGAGCUGUAACUGCGCGCUUCAACCCAGUUGUGAGAAAGAACUGGGACUUUAUCUCCAAGGGAUCUCCUGCCUCAUGCAGCAGGCUACGAGCCGGGUGUCAAGUGCAUCUCUUGGAUUAGCAAGUAGAAGACAGACAGUUCAGCCCCGGCCUUCCCUUUGCCUCUGGGCUCUUCAUAACUGAUUGACCUAGCUAAGUGAAUGAGCCCAGUGAUUACCAACAAAAUCAGCUCCUGCCUGUGUUGGACCUCGUUGCAAUGCCACCCUUACUGCAUUGUACCAGUUUAAGGAGGCUUUGCUGUUCCUCUCAAAAUUAUUACCUGUGCUGCAAUUCAAAUCCAAUUUGUGUUUCAAAAACCUGAAGAAAGGGUUUAUUAAAUUUCAGGCCACUUA